CGCGCUUGCGCAGUGCGCCGCUUCCAGAAACGCAGCCGAGGAGCAACUCUCACUGGAGCCGAACCGAACAAAAGACCGACAGCCGGCCUGAUCCGAUCCGAUAUAACCUGCAGAAAUGUGUUGAACGGAGCGGAGUCGGCCGGCUUCAGAGGAGUUGGAGCAGAACCGGGUCGAAUCAAAAGCUGUAGACGAGAGCAAAGCGCAGAGACUGGAGCUGGGAUGACUGCAGAAGCCUCAUCAAACCUAGAUUAGACCCAGACAGACGCUCAGCUGCAGGAGGACCAUAUGAAACAGACGCAUGUCUUGAUGUCCCCAUCUCACCUGUCAACCUGAGCCCUUAUGUAAACAACAACAUCUGGAGGACACGCAGGAGACUUCCAGGGGCACAAGAUCUCAUCCAGGGGACAUUCAGAGGCAGGAUAACACCUGGAGGACACUCUGGAAACGUCUACUGACCUAUGUUAACAUCUGGAGGACACUCUGGAAACGUCCAGUGACCUAUGUUAACAUCUGGAAGACAUUCAAAGACAGGGUAACAUCUAGAGGACACUCUGAAAACGUCCAGUGACCUAUGUUAACACCUGGAGGACAUUCAGAGACAAAACAUCUGUGGGACACACAGGAGACAUCCAGAGACGGGUGGAACACCUGGAAGAAAUCCCGAGACAGGAACAAAAAUAUCAGAAGGACACCUUUGAGAGAAACUAACAAGAAAAAAACAUUUGAAAGACACAGAGAGACGAGGAAGAACAAUUCAAGAUUGCAUGUAACCUGGACCAUGAACCUGCACAGGUGGACCUGUUUCCCUCUCUCCGCUGUCAUGAUGCUGGUCCUGGUCCAGGUUGCGGUUCAGGCCCGCUCAGUAUCAACAGGGCGUUCUGAUAGGAACUCCAUCGAGGACGCCACGGUGAAUGCUACUGUCAUGGACCGUGGCUUUGCUGUCCACAUGAUGAGUAGUGAGGACGGGACCUAUGGUCAGGACUCCCCCAGAAUGGACGCCCGCGGCAUCGUCCUCACACCUGCACCGCAUCACGGAGUGGUGGACAGGCAGGGCUGCGAUCCAAACACUCGUUUCCUGGUUCCUCCCCGAAGCGUCCACUGGGUAGCGCUGCUGCAGAGAGGUAACUGCACCUUCAGAGAGAAGAUCCUCAAGGCAGCCGCCUACAAUGCCUCAGCAGUCCUCGUCUACAACAACUCCACCGACAAGACUGUCAAGAUGGGCCAUGAAGGUACCGGCGACAUUGUUGCUGUGAUGAUCACUGAGGCUUAUGGUAAGGAGAUCUUGGCUCACCUCGAACGGAACCAGACAGUGGUGGUAUCUCUGAGCUACCGUAAUCCCGCCAAAAACAUGAACCGCGGUUCGCUGGUCUUCGUCUCCAUCUCCUUCAUCGUCCUCAUGAUCAUCUCCUCCGCCUGGCUCAUAUUUUACUUCAUCCAGAAGAUCCGCUACAGCAGCAGCCGUGACCGCAGCCAGCGCCGUCUUGGGGAUGCAGCCAAGAGAGCCAUUGGGAAGCUGACAACGAGGACGGUGAAGAAAGGGGACAAGGAAACGGAUCCAGACUUUAACCACUGUGCUGUGUGUAUCGAAGCGUACCAGCUCAACGACGUGGUCCGAAUUCUGCCUUGCAAACACGUCUUUCAUAAAGUGUGUGUGGACCCAUGGCUAAACGAGCACUGCACCUGUCCCAUGUGUAAACUUAACAUCCUCAAAGCCCUAGGCAUCAUGACCAGCUUUCCCUGUGUGGACACUGUGGUGCUGGAUGUGGAGCGUCUGGGUGGCCAUACAUCUGGAAGCCAGAGGGCGCCACUGAGAGACCAAAACCAGCCGUCCAUUAGCCUGGAGCCACUCAGUCCCCCCCACUCCGAGACCACACCCAGAACACCUGCUGACAUCACUGUGGCAAUUACAAGUGGAGGUCACUUCUUCAACAGGAACUCCAUGUCUCCUCGGAACAUCGUCUCUGAGAUGGAGCUGCCAGACAUCCAAGCCUCACUCGAUCUCUAUGAUGACAACAAGUCCUGAGACCAGUCGGCAUGGUUACAACCGCACAUCCAAAUUAUUCCCCCUGUUGAGGGUUGAACAAACUGGACCCAGAAAGUCCUCGCAGAGGGGUUUCUGUUGCGAUGUGCAGUUGGGAUGUCUAAUACUGACCAUCUGGAUGUUUGAUCACAGAAAGACUUUACUGACGUUUCUAAACAAUCACAAGAUUUUAAUCACUGUUACUGGGUUCCUUUAAAGUUCUUCAAGUACUCCUGGAUCAGCAACAAUGUUUCCAAAGAUACAGUAGCUUCUGAAUGUUAGUGUCUGCGGAGAUGAAACCUUGGGAUCUGUUACGGUUUCCACACUUGGUUCUGAAACCUAAAUGACUCCACAAAGCCAAAAUGUGUUUGUAAAAAUCCUCAGGAUUCCUUAUAAGGUUCCUGAGAAUGUUUUUGUGCCUGAAGUGAUAUGGGUUUCUAAUCUAAGAUUCUUAUUUCAAAAAAAUGCUUCCUUAUACUGAGCCCUGGUUCUGCUCCAUUGGAGUGGUUUUCUGGAUCAGUCUAUAGUUCUUUCUGCUUGUCCGGUUUUCUGCUAAAUGUCAUCAAGGCUUUGAGAGCUCUGGAACCUCUCUUAAUCCUCAAUAUGAUACGAAGUUCUGUUUGAUUCAGCUUACUAAAAUCCUUCUUGCAGAAAUUCUGGGUCAAGCAACUGAAUAAUUUCUGGAUUUUCACCAUAAUUUCAAAGUUCCAGGAAACUUCUGUGUCCUUAUACAACUUUAGUGCUCUUAGGGAUCUCAUCCAGGUACUUUCAAAGGUUCUGGAAAAGGUUCUGCCAUUUUUGCUCAGCUUUUUCCAGAGUAAAAAAGAUCAAUGUGUCAGGUAUAAAAACAGGAAGUGAUUCAGAGAAGAACUAUAGCAGUGUCCAAGAACUAGAUCCCAGAACCAUUUCUUACAUAAUCAUUGUUUCUCCGGGUACUGGCAACCUCCCAUGCUGAGUGGCUGGUUGAGGAUCUUAUUAGUUUUGUUUCGUUUCGUCUCUCAGAGUUUGGACUCUGCUUGAUGGCCUGGAUCAGCACUUCCUCUGAAAUUGGAUCGCCUGGAACAAGUUGGAGCAGGGACUAUGAACAUCUUAGUGAGUCUCCUGGAGUCCAGUGGAUGGACCUGCUAAAUGGACUGGACGUUGAUUCUGUCUUUGCUAGUCCAUGAAGCCUUCUGGUUGCAUUGGUGUAGGUCCAGCAGGAUUCCCAAGCUCUGUUUAAGAGGAUAUUUUCCUUCAUUUUCUAGAAAAUUCCCAGUGUUGGAACCAGAGGGAACCAGAAGAAGCUGUCUUACAUCGGUCCGUUAGGUGAUGGACUGCUACUCUAAAGUUAUUCUGAGUUACUCAGUGUGUAAUAACAUUAAUACUAAUAAUCAGUAUAUAAACAGCAUUAAACAAUCUAUAAUCUGACUGAUUCAUCAGUAAUAAGUGACCUGAAGAAGCUCAGCUGCUGUCCAUGUCUGUCUGAUUUCAUUUUUUUUAUUUGUUUUUGUCCAUCUCUAUCCACGUCUGUCUCUUUGUGACAGAUGAGGAUGAUGAUGACUCGGAGGGGUCCUUUGUGUCUUUACUGCCGCAGCAUCAUGUCUGAUUAAAUGUCAUUAAAGAGUCUG